GCAGAAUGUGUGAUUGUGUUAUCGUUCCCCAGAGUCUGAGAAGUAAAGGCAAAGAAGAAGGUUGAAAGCUAUGACGAAGAACCAAAACUCGAACCUGAUCCCAUCCCUCCCAGACGAUGUAGCCAUAAACUGCCUUGCACGGGUCCCACGUUCUCACCACACAACCCUCACCCUCGUUUCCAAACCAAUCCAUUCUCUCCUCUCUUCUUCGCUCUUCUUCACCGCUCGCUCUCUCAUCCCUUCCACCCAACACAUCCUCUACCUCUCUCUCCGCACACGCUCCACCUCUCUCCAAUUCUUCACCCUCCACAAUAACCACCGUCUCCUCCCUCUCCCUCCUCUUCCCUCCCCUACCAUCGGGUCCGCCUACGCUGUCAUCCACCACAAAAUCUAUCUCAUCGGUGGUUCCGUCAACGAUGUACCCUCUCGUCAUGUAUGGAUCCUUGAUUGCCGAUUCCACCGGUGGCUCCCUGGUCCUUCAAUGCGCGUGGCGCGUGAAUUCGCAGCUGCUGGUGUUAUCGACGGGAAAAUCUACGUCAUCGGUGGUUGCGUGCCGGAUAAUUUUUCCAGAUCAGCUAAUUGGUCGGAGGUUUUCGAUCCUGUUAACAACCGCUGGGAAAGUGUUCCUAGUCCACCAGAAAUUCGUGAGAAAUGGAUGCACGCGAGUGCCGUCGUAGACGGCAAGGUUUACGCAAUGGCGGAUCGCGGUGGUGUUUCGUUUGAUCCUUAUAACGGCGCGUGGGAGAGCGUUGGGAGGGAGCUUGAUAUAGGUUGGCGUGGGAGAGCAACUGUUGUGGAUGGGAUUUUGUAUUGUUAUGAUUAUUUAGGGAAAAUUAAGGGUUUUGAUGUGAAGAAAGGGUUGUGGAAGGAGUUGAAAGGUUUGGAUAAGAGUUUACCAAGGUUUCUGUGUGGGGCUACAAUGGCUGAUGUUGGUGGGAAAUUGGUUGUGGUUUGGGAGUGUCAAAGGAAUUUGAAUGGGAAGGGGAAAGAAAUGGAGAUUUGGUGUGCUGAGAUUGAUGUGAAGAAGAAGAAGAAGAAGAAUAAGGAUGGUGAAUUAUGGGGUGAAGUUUGUUGGUUAAAUAAUGUUCUUUCUGUUCCUAAAGGAUCUUCCAUUGUUCAUUGUAAUUCUGUUGCAUUGUGAUUGGGAACAUCUUUCACAUUGCGUGUCUUGUAAGGUCACCUGUUUCUAUCAACACAUGUCCCGCAGAUGAAGAUUCAAGAUCCUCAAACACCUCAUAGUUACAUUAAAUUUUUCCUUCUUGGUCGCGCGAAUUCUUUCUAGUUUGGUCUGGUGUAUUUACUGCUCCACUGGUGUAUGAAUAAACAGAUGUUGCUCAAGUGGUGGUACAUAUUUACAACUGUAUAGCAUGUACAGUUUUGCACUUCCAUAGAUGUGUGUCGUAAUCCAUUUAUUUGCGUUUUUUUAUCAUUGUGAAUCUUGUUGUAGCUUAACUCAUUCACACAAAUUGGACAAGGUCUAAUGCAAAACGUGGACUUGUGAGUUAUGACUGUCAAAAUCGCUGGUUGUAAAGGUUGUAAAAUAUAACAACUAAGAAAUUGUUGGUGUGUAUGUGUUCAGUUGGAAAUUAUGCUCAUGGCUUUUAUUUUAUCUU